AUGGGCGAUGCAACGGAAAGGAUCAUCGAGACCUUGAAACGUUGUGAGUUGGUACCGGAACCGGAUGUUAAGUUUCUUUGCGAGAGAGCUAGCGAGCUGUUGAGUGAGGAGGCUAACGUCCAACGGGUGUCUAGUCCGAUUACGAUCUGUGGAGACAUUCAUGGACAGUUUUACGAUUUGUUGGAGUUGUUCCGGGUCGGUGGUGAUGUUCCUGCCACGAAUUACUUGUUCUUGGGUGACUUUGUGGAUCGUGGAUUCUUUUCAGUAGAAACCUUCUUGCUCUUGCUGGCUUUAAAGGUUCGGUAUCCUGACCGUGUGGCCCUCAUUAGAGGUAACCAUGAGUCGCGUCAGAUUACCCAAGUCUAUGGCUUCUAUGACGAAUGCCUUCGCAAAUAUGGAUCCAGUACUGUCUGGCGAUACUGCACGGAGGUCUUCGAUUAUCUCGCUCUUGCCGCACUGGUAGAUAAUAAAUACCUAUGUGUACAUGGCGGCCUCUCCCCGCACAUCUCUACCAUUGACGCGAUUCGAACCCUCGACAGACACCAGGAAGUGCCCCACGAAGGCGCCAUGUGCGACCUGCUCUGGUCCGACCCGGAAGAAGUCGACAACUGGUACUGCAGCCCAAGGGGAGCUGGCUUCCUCUUCGGCGGUUCCGUAGUAGACGAGUUUUGUCAGAAAAACGAUAUAGAGAUAAUUGCAAGAGCUCAUCAGCUGGUCAUGGACGGCCACAAAUGGUGGUUCGGAAAGAAACUAGUAACAGUGUGGAGCGCUCCCAACUACUGCUACCGAUGUGGGAACAGCGCUUCCAUUAUGGAACUGGGAGAUAACAAUUCCAUCGAGUUUAAGAACUUCGAAGCUGCGCCACCGAGCGAUCGAGGGGCUCCGGCAAAAAAGCCUAUUCCCGACUACUUCUUAUAA